GAGCACAUUUUGAAGCUUCCUUAACAAUGGAGGCAUUAACACACCUAAGCUUUGGCAUUUGUACUGCACGCCUUUCACCACCAUAUCAACUAGCCGGCGGCGUCGGUAAGAAGCCGCCGAGACUCAAUGCUGUUACCGGAGGAGCUAGUAGUGUUACCGGUGGAACAAGUAGUGUACCGACGAACUUCUCCGCCAGUAAAUGGGCGGAUCGUCUUCUCGCCGAUUUCCAAUUCCUUCCUUCCACCACCACCACCUCCGACUCAUCGGAUUUCCAGAAUUCAACUUCUACAACCUCUGUUACGACUAUUCCUCCUCCCGUUGCUCCUUCAGACCGCCACAUUUCAAUGCCUAUAGACUUUUAUAGAGUGCUUGGUGCUGAAGCUCACUUCCUCGGUGAUGGUAUCAGGAGAUGCUACGAUGCUAGAAUUACUAAGCCGCCGCAGUACGGGUACAGUCAAGAGGCAUUGAUUGGCCGACGACAGAUUCUUCAAGCUGCUUGUGAAACCCUUGCUGACUCUACCUCUCGUAGAGAAUACAAUCAAGGCCUCGCUCAGCAUGAGUUCGAUACUAUUCUAACUCCGGUCCCCUGGGAUAAAGUUCCGGGAGCAUUGUGUGUUUUGCAAGAAGCUGGUGAGACUGGAGUAGUUCUUCAGAUUGGGGAAAGCUUGCUGAAAGAGCGGUUGCCAAAGUCAUUCAAGCAAGAUGUGGUCUUAGCUAUGGCACUCGCAUAUGUUGACCAUUCGCGAGAUGCGAUGGCACUUUCGCCUCCUGAUUUUGUUCAAGGUUGUGAACUGCUUGAAAGAGCACUUAAGCUGUUGCAGGAAGAAGGUGCAAGUAAUCUUGCCCUUGAUCUGCAAUCCCAGAUAGAUGAGACAUUAGAAGAGAUAAAUCCACGCUACGUACUUGAACUUCUAGCUUUUCCUCUUGGUGAUGAAUACCGAAUGAAAAGAGUAGAGGCUCUUCAAGGUGUGCGCAACAUUUUGUGGGCUGUUGGAGGAGGAGGAGCAGCUGCAAUUUCAGGGGGGUUCACACGAGAAGAUUUCAUGAAUGAGGCCUUCCUACGGAUGACAGCUGCUGAGCAGGUGGACCUCUUCGUCGCAACGCCAAGUAACAUUCCUGCAGAAAGCUUUGAAGUUUACGGGGUGGCGCUUGCACUUGUUGCUCAAGCUUUUGUGGGAAAAAAACCUCAUCUCAUUCAAGAUGCUGAUAACCUUUUUCAGCAGCUUCAGCAGACCAAAGUUACAGCUUACGGCAGUUCUGUGUCUGUAUACACUGUUAGAGAAAACCGUGAAAUAGACUUCGCUUUGGAGAGGGGCCUUUGUUCACUGCUUGUUGGAGAAGUCGAUGGAUGUCGCUCUUGGUUGGGCCUAGACAGUGAGGACUCCCCUUAUAGAGAUCCAUCUAUAGUGACUUUUGUUGCAGAACACUCAAAGGACGACAACGAAAAUGAUCUGCUCCCUGGACUAUGUAAGCUUUUGGAGACCUGGUUGAUGGAAGUGGUCUUUCCCAGAUUUAGAGAGACAGAAGAUGUCACUUUUAAGCUUGGUGACUAUUAUGAUGACCCUACUGUUUUAAGAUAUUUGGAAAGGCUGGAAGGUGGUGGUGCUUCACCUUUAGCUGCUGCUGCAGCUAUUGCAAGGAUUGGAGCUGAAGCUACAGCUGUGCUUGAUAGUGUUAAGGCUAGUGCAAUUCAGGCACUGCAGAAAGUUUUUCCUGCUGGGGACGGGGAAGGCAGUGUAAGACGAUAUGGUGACAAUGAGAUGAACGAAUUUGAUAUUGCUAAGCCAUUUGAGGAUCUUGAAGAACUCCGUGAUCAAAAUAACUUUAUUACGACUGUUGGGGAUCCUGAGAGAAAGAGUUCUAACUAUCAAGAGCAAGAUGUGAUAACUGACAGAAUAAAAGAUGCAAGUCUGAAGAUUAUGUGUGCUGGAGUAGCGGUUGGUUUCUUUACUUUGGUUGGAUUGAAGCUUUCUUCCUUUAGACAUGGGUCUUCAGUUCAACAUUGUGCUAGUGCUACUGGUUCAGCCAUUGCCUCGGAUGUCAUCAAUGUGGAAAUUUUAUCUGCUACUGCAGAUACCUCUGCCUCACCAGUUGAAAAUCCUCUUGAGGUUCCUAGAAUGGAUGCAAGACUUGCAGAAAGUAUAGUUCGGAAGUGGCAGAAUAUCAAAUCCCAGUCUCUUGGAACCGAUCACUGUCUCAACAGAUUGUCAGAGGUUUUGGAUGGUCAGAUGCUGAAGAUUUGGACAGACCGUGCAAGAGAAAUUGCGCAGCAUGGUUGGUUUUGGGAGUACAAGCUUUUAAACCUUGCCAUUGACAGUGUAACUGUCUCAGCUGAUGGCCGACGUGCUACUGUGGAAGCUACUCUAGAGGAAUCAGCAAGUUUAACUGAUGUAGCCCAUCCAGAGCACAAUGACUCAUACAGUACUACCUAUACAACUAGGUACGACAUGUCCUGGGCAAACUCCGGUUGGAAAAUUGUGGAAGGAGCCGUUCUUAAAUCGCGAUAAUGGAUGUAUAUGUUGACAAAGUUUCAUGUAAAGUGCAUCUUUUUGAUUAUUUUGCUUUACUUUCAAAGUCAGGUAAAUGGUUAGUUUCGGCUAAUUAUAAUGUACCUUGUUUGGAUCAAAGAAUUGUUGAGUGUAGUCGAAAAAAAUGAUCAGGAUUCAUCUCGAGUUAAAUGCUAUAAUGAACAAAGGUUAUCGUUGCCGAA